AUGUUGCUAUGCUUCUUUAUAUUUAUAAUUUUUAGAGCAAUAAGCUGCCAAAAAGUUGGCGGGAACGAACCGCUGAUUAUCCCGACCGGCGGGCCGAAUGCACAAUUCCCAAACCUUAUCACCUCGGACAAUUUCCCGCUUUUCCCGUUCACCGACCAGUUCAACACGGGCUUCGAGCUGAACCCGGCGAAUAAAGUGGCCCUGUCCGGUGAUCUAAAUUUCCCGAUUCCCGGCUGGGGCAACAUCGAUAUGGAUGGAAAUUUGUACAGCGGCCACAUUAAUACCGAUUUUAAGGUGGGAUACCAAUUCCGGCCCACCAAUCGUCUUCACAUUCAACCGGAAACGCUGGCGCUGCUCGGGCAGAAUCCGGCGUUCCGGGAAGCGAGAAAAAAAGCGAAAGAGGUUGUGGUUGGGCGUAUUCCGUACGGUUACGAGCCGGUCAAGUGCAAGCCGCCGUAUUGUAACCCCUUCGUUCACUCGGGGGCCGUCGCCGUCGAGUUCGAGCAGGGUGACGACACGUUCUUCAUUGGCGGUCUCGACCUGCCGCUCCCUAUCGGUGAAAUGGGCCAGGGAGUGCGGUUCCCGUUGUCUGGGGCUGUUGAACAGGGUACCUCCCCAUACGCGUAUGCCCACGGCCAAGCCUACAACCCGGUGUCCAUGUGGGACAUGGAGAAAAUGGAGGACGACACCAAGCCGAUAAACAUGCGCCGCAGGGCUCCGCAAAAAUUCCCGGUUACGGAAAAGAAAGAAUUCUACCGCAAAUUUUUCGGCCGUGAAAUGGACGCGAUGGAGAAAAGUGGGAAGAAGAUGGAAUUUACU